AAAUUCCAAGUAAAGUUGCCUUUUUUUUUCUUUUCUUUUUAAUUUCGGCUAACCCUAAAAAACACCUGAACAUUUUUAACGAUGCCUAUUUCAGAUCUAAACACUAAACCUGCUUCCUUGCGGACGAAGUCGUUGAGAAUUUCAAGGGCACCUCAAGGAAUAUUUGCACGAUAACCCUUCUCGAGUAUUGAACUAUUCAAAUGAAUGUUUGCGCUUCGUUUUCCUCCACUCACUUUUUUACUAUUUAUUUCUAUCUAUUUUUUUAAACUUUUUUUAGUGGUCUCUAGACUUUUAGCAAGUCAGGAUGGGUUCCCCCCUUUCUAUCGCCCCUCUCAGUUUUCCAUCAAAUCUAACCGGUACAAAUGCUGUAAGCAAAAACCGCAUUCAGAUUUUAUCAAAAUUGAUCGAAAUAGCGUGGGCAAAAAAAAUUAGUUCAGGUCUUACAGAAUGAAUAACAGGUGGAUUUCUAACAUCUCUUUUCUUGCCGUCCAUAUUUUCGUUUGUUUUUUCAGCUCUCGCCGUGUGCUCGUUCCCUUACAAUGAUUUGUUUUGUUUUAGUUGCUUCGCUUGACAAAUUAAAAUAAUGAAAGCGAUAUUGUAGCAGAAACUAAAGAACUUGACCAACCAAUAAAACUUACAAUCAAAAUAAUCGUUUACAGAAAUAAAUAAUUCAACACAAAAAUAUAGUUGUACGACCUCCGCACUUUUAAAAGUAGAUAUCUAAAAAGGAUAUCUUUAAAAAUCACUCGCAGAAAAAAUAAUUUGUGCACAGGACAAAGCCUUCGAAGUUCAGACCAUGAAAUUGACCCCGACUCAAAGGAAAAAUCUAGUUCCGAUCGUUUUAUUUUUGGCGAAUCUUGUUUUCCUUUAUCUCGGCGGGCUCAUCUUCGAAUCGAUAGAGUACGAACCUAAAACGAAACACAGAACCGUAGAUGAUGUUAGUUCGUUUUUGCAAACUUUAAAGGACACUUCCAUCGGAAAGGAAAUUUUACCGCCUGAUUUUGACAGCAAAGAAGUUGUAAAAGGCCUGAAGACUGAAUCGCUGAAAAAUCUCGACAGCAAGUUUGAGAAGAUAAGGAGCGACAGGACAGCUGCUUCGAAACCUAGCUGGAGCUUUUCAAAUUCGCUCUUCUUCGCAACAACUGUCGUAACCACGAUCGGUUAUGGUAACCUGGCGCCAGUUACAACGGGUGGCCGCAUGUUCUGCAUUGUGUACGCUCUCAUCGGAAUACCGCUGACCCUGAUGCUGCUUGCCGUGGUGGGAAACCACAUCGUUCAUUACUUGAACGACGCAUGCGCAUGGCUGGUAAACCGCAUAAGGAGGUACCACAGUGAUUACGAGUUCGAGUCUGCAGACGCGCAGAUCAAUGCUCCAGUGUGGAUCGCUCUACCAAUCAUAUUCCUGUUUCUAGCAGUGAUGUCCUUUAUGUACUGUGCCCUAGAGGGUUGGGACUUUGGAACAGCGCUUUAUUUCAUUUUUAUCACGUUUACCACCAUCGGAUUUGGAGAUGUCGUACCUCAGUCUCAAGCGGUACGUAUGCUGUUCUCUGAUUGGUUUAGGUCUUGCGUGUAGCCUUAAUAAUUAUUUGCUAGAAGUUGCUUAGGUUCAUGAUCUCUAGUUUAGAAGACAGGGUCGAUAAAAUCGAGACCAGCUCAACCCUGCUCUUACUGCAAAAGAUGUAACUCAUCAAUCUACGUUCCGUAUUUGAUAUAAAGGAGAUUAACCGAACUGAAGAAAGAGAUGAAUUUUUUGAGCUAGCGACACGAAAUCAGCGCUCGACCCCAAAAUGCUGUUAUGCUCGACUCCAAGAACGCGGUUCUCUAUGUACUACCUAAAAAAACCUAAUGUAGGUUAAGCGCAACUGGCUACUCUAAGGCUAACGCUUACAGCACGUUCGACCGACCAAAAGUUUACAACCUGAUCAGACUCCAUCUAUUAAUUCUCCCGUCGUCUUAACAGCUAGAAAGCCUCCCCUCAGUAAUUCCAUUUAGCCUCCGCCUUUUUCAAGGGAAGUGCGCGUCUCUAAUAAACUCUUCCCGUGGCAUCGUACCGUACGGGAGAGAGCCCUUUAAGUCAUAUAACUGCUUUCUUUCCAAUGCUCCUCCCCCUGUACCAAGAAUUAUUUUUAAUCUUUUAGCUGAUGUAAAUAUUCAAAACUCAAUUAUAGCGCCCAGGUGUAUGUUAAGUCAAAUCAUUGCGGUACAUGUCUGCACUUUUAAACUUGCCUUUACUGCGCCUUUCAAUAACAUGCGGACUCAAAGCUCAACCGACAAACGCGUUUUUCGCUAUUGUCAAUCAAAUUUUCGGCGGCCCCUCGCAGCUUCCGACUACUUCCGAGCACUGUUUUGUUGUCUGAACUGUACUCAACGAUUUGAAUAACCGCGCGCUCGGCAGUAGUCGGAAGCUGGGAGGAGCCGCUGAACAUUUGAUUGACGGUAGCGAAAAACGCAUUUGUGGGUUGAGCUUUGAAUUUUAGAGUCCGCAUGUUAUUGAAAGGAGCAAUAAGAAUAGAACACUGAGCGACAAUUAAAAUAAAAACUAGUAUACGGAAGAAACAGCCUCACACAAUUAUAGGAAGAACGCGUGAACAUGCACGAGAAAGCGAAAAAAAAAUCAUUAGCAGGCCACUAAUUUUUUAUAUCUACAAUAGCCAGUUCAUAUUUUCUCUUAAAAUUCGUGCCUUAUUAUUAUUAUUAUUAUUAUUAUUAUUAUUAUUAUUAUUUGACUGCAUGGCAUGCUUCAGCUCAGACAGCCCCACGCGUUCUAAGAACACCUUGACAUUUUUCCAUGUUUUGAUCUAAACUGUUUCUUACUUUCAUUCCUCAUAUCUCUACUGACUAUGCUGCAUGAAUUAAAUUCUCAGUGGCGGGUAUAACUAUCUAUAACUCUUCUUCAAAGGUGCUGGGCCAAAUAAAAUUUAAAAAAAUAAAUCAGUUUAUGUAAGUGUCGAAGAGUUUAGCAUUACUCUAUUAAAUGGGGACGCUGAAACAAGCAAACAAAUAUUGUAAAUUGAAUUGAACAGAAACGUGGUACGUAAAUAUCCCAACUGGCAGGAGGCUGACUAUUUACAAAGCGCGGAGGAGUUGAAUCUGGGACCACCAAACACAUAUUCAUCUAGUGGCAAGGAGGAGGAUUUGAACUCGACACCUCCCUUAUAGGCAAAACUGAAGGUUAGACUACCAGACUACCAAAAUUGGAAACGUCUAGUUACCUAGCACCUUUGAGGAUCGCCAUCUAUGUCAUUUGUUCUUCAAUACUUAACAUGGUCUGUCUAUAGUCUAUUAAUUCUUUUUUCUACGAC